GCGAAGUUCAGAACAUUUGAGAGAUAUUAAAGCGAUGAGGGAUUCUGAUGAUAGUGAAGCGAGUUCAGAUACCUUCAUUCUCAGUGAAGAGAGCAGCGAAAACAAUUUUUAAUAAGGAUGUUGCAAGAAUGUCAAGGGCUGGGAGUCUUUACGGUUCAGUUCAUUUAUACAUCGAGUACAUAACAAAAGAAGAAAUAUUGAAGAUAGUUAAUGAUCUGAAAAGUGCUCCCAAACCUCCUCCCAAACCUAGGCUUGUUUUACAGGAACUUAAGGAUGACACAUCAAUACCUUCUCACACAAUGGGGGCCAGAGGAAGUUUUGUGGGAAGUGUGUUAGCUAUAUGUUGGGUGGAGCAGGAACAAAGGUCUGAAAACAUUGUUGAGGGGAUAAAAGAAAGGGUAGAGGAGAUGGUUGAGGAUGUGAACUCGGGUGUCCCUCUUUGUAGUGAUGAAGUUGUAAAUGAGCCAAAUUCAAUCAAUGUACCUGAGGGGAUAAAUGGAAGGGUAAAAGAGAUGGUAGAGAAUGUAUCUGCAGUUCCUCUUUCCACUGAUGGAGUUGUCAAUGAUGUUGAGAACACAGUUGUGAAUGAUGUUGAGAACACUGCUUCCAAUGAAGCACACAAUGAAAGGGUUGACUGUGGAGAUUAUUUUGUUCAGAUCCUGAAUUCUGAUGUGCCUUCUUCAUCAAAUGGGGUUGUAAAUGAGAAAUGGGGCUUUGAUUCUUUAAAUGGGUGGAGAAAUGCAAACUUAGAUGUCAAUUUCCAGGAUAUGGCCAACAUGAGGUUAAAUGAGAAUUGGGACUUUGUUGUAAAUAAUAUGGGGAAUGAUGCUGAGGAAGUGGAUACCCCUGAUGGGCCUGAAAAAGACACCUCUGAGAGAGUUGAAGCUGUAGAUGAAGUUCUGGUUGAGGAUGAUGAUGAGGAAGUGGAUACCCCUGAUGGGACUGAGAAAGACACCUCUGGCAGAGUUAUACCUGAAGCUGCAGAUGAAGUUCCGGUUGAGGAUGAUGAUGAUGAUCUAUAUGAUGCUGACUAUUCUGUAGAGGUAGGGGAUGAGGACUUCUGUGCAAAUACUGAAACUCCUGUGGAAUUCAGAGAUGAAGGAAGAAGGCGUGGCAGGCCAAGGAACAAGCAAGAUCAAAGUUCCAGUGAGCAAAAUUUGCAAUUUGAAAUGCGAAGUGAUUCCUCUGACUAUGCUGAGUCAGAUGAAUUACUCACAGAAUCAGAUGAGGAAAAUGCACAGAGGGAGAAGAGGUACCCUUCCUUUAAUGCAAAAAGGGAAAUGGGAAAGGGUGAAUUUAAAUUGGGAAUGUUGUUUAAGAAUGUUGAGGAGUUUAGGAGAGCUGUCAAGGAGUAUGGAAUCAGGUCAAGGUGGCAGAUUAAACUUCGCAAAAAUUGCAAGGACAAGGUUCAAGUGAAAUGUGCUCAAGACUGUGGGAAGUACUUGGAGGAUUUUAGGGUGAAUCCAGCUUGGCAGUUGAGUCACUUAAUUGCUAAAGUGGCCAGUGAUUGGCAGUACAACAUUAAAUACAUGAAGGCAUGGAGAGCAAAAGAUAGAGCCCUGAAAAUUAUUCAUGGGGACGAGAGGACUCAAUAUGAAAAGCUGCUAGAUUAUAGGUUAGAGUUGUUGAGGAAAAAUCCUGGUUCUACAAUACUCUUGAAAAGGAAUGGGGGGGGUUUAAGGACAAACUAUGGGGGCCAACUGUUAACUGCUGUGGGCAUAGAUCCUAAUGACUGUAUCUUCCCCUUAGCUUAUGCAGUGUGUGAGGUUGAAGACUCUGAAAAUUGGCAAUGGUUCUUAAGACUGCUUGGUGAUGACUUGGACCUUCAUAGAGAUAGUGUCUUCUGCUUUAUGAGUGACAAACAGAAGGAAUCACUUCAAGGGGUCAGAGUUAAAGGACUUACUCUGGGAUUGUGCCAGGGCUUCUUAUCCUGCAAGGUUGUUGGGGUGCCUAAAGCUUCUAGAAGAUAAAUGUCCAGAGGCAAGGGAGUGGUUGAAAGCAAGGCCACCCAAGAACUGGUCUAGGGCAGAAUUCAGCACUUUCCCCAAAUGUGACAUGUUAACAAAUAACUUGUGUGAGU